AGAAAGCUGCUGACAACGCGCGCGUCUCCCCCCUCUGUCAACCGACCUGUGAGCUCGCCUGUGAAGAGAUCAUUUUACACAGAGAGGUCUCUUUCAUUCACCAGUAGGCGUACGAUAUUACCAAUCCCUCCUCUUUUCACUCCGGAUAAUAGGUGAACAACGUGGACAACGCGGCUGGACGCCAAACGAUAGUCUCUCUUUCCCCCUCUAUCUAGCCCCCUUCCUUGUUCCUGUAUUGGGUUCACGCCUUAUCUUUACGGGGUAUUUGUCAAGAAGCCCCGAAGAACACUGAGAAAACUACCUACCCGCUCAAAGAAGAAAAAGCGUGUGGGGUGCAUUAGAUAGAGUAGUCGUCAAAUAGACGUGGAGCGCGAGCUCUUGCUGGGUGUUUGUGGAGUAGUGAACAGAGUUCCUCGCUGCCAGUGGCCCAGAGGACGCCAUGACUAUCCUACCUAAGAAGAAGGAAGGGGAGGAGAGCGAUAGUGACAGUGAAGGGUCAGGGGAGGCCAGCCCGAGUCCUCCGACUCGACCUCCCCUGGCGCCUGGCGGGCCUUCCCGCUCCCCUGAUACAGGAGGAGGCCCUUUCCUACCGUCCUCCGAUGGCUACUAUCCCAGGCACUAUGAGUACAGCAGUAGCGGAGAAUCGUCCCCGGAGCUCCCCGUCCUCUCCAAGCACCCACCUCACCACCCUCCCCCUCUCCUCCCACCCCUCCCCUCCCUCGGGUGGUCCUCCUCCGCCCACCAGGGACCGCGGUGGGGACAGUGAACCUGGCACUCCCCCCUACUACAGUGGCUACAACAGUGCCGAGGAGUAUGAGGCAACCCACGCUCCUUUCUUUGAUCUAGAGUUGGAGAGGCAGUUUGAGCAGGCUCUGAAGAAGAGUCGGGGAAUGGUCAUCCACAGAAUGAAACCUGACGGAGCCUGUCUCUUUAGAGCUGUCGCUGACCAGGUGUAUGGUGACCAGGACAUGCACUCAGUGGUCCGCAACCACACCAUGGACUAC